CUCCUCAUCGCCUAUCCUUCCUGUCUCAUCACCACCUUCAAAAUUCCAUCAAACAUCGCCCCCAGACACCAAAACACUGCGAAUUUCCGGCUAUUUUGUCAGAAACACUCUCAAAGACAUGGACAACGGAUCUAGAAAACGAAAGGCGGAGACGCCCUUGGAGACUGAGCGUCCAAGUCCAUCCCUUUAUCAUCCUCGUCCACUUCGUCUCCUUCGUCCAGCCGAGCUCUCUGGUAUAGGGCUAUCGCUGUCUCCCUCGCAGCCCGCAGCUGCUACUGGGCAGAUCAACCAAGGCGACCCCAGCCCGUAUGCCGGUGAUGUAGUUCACGUCUACAUCGGCAGAACCCGCGCCGACUACCCUACCAAGAAGCGUCUCAUCGAGCUCAGCGCCCCCGAUCUCCCCAUCCGUGCAGAUGCACUCGGCUACCACCACGUCUACCUCACCGAUAUCCACGUCUACCUCACCGAUAUCGACGAGACCAUCGGCCAUAUUCUUUUGCACUUUCUCCGCACUGGCGACUACGCAACCUGGCCUCCCCGCCACGCCGGUGCGAAGCUUACCUCGGCCGAGAUCAGGGACGACUACACCAAGGCCGUACUUGCCUACCGGGCAGCACAACGAUACAAUAUCACCCUUUUGAGUCUUCGAGCGCGCCACCAGAUGUUUAUCCAAGGAGGAAGCCUCGCGGCGGUCGAGGCCAUGGACGUGUUUCGGAGGUAUUGGGAAGGACUCUCCGGGGACAAUUUUAUAACGGACGAGAUAAGACGACUGCUGGGGAAUGCGUUUAGGGCCAACGAGCGGCUUUUCGAGGACAAGAGGUUCAACGAUCUUCUUGGUGGACCACCUGACUUUGAUCGGAUUCUUGGUGACGUUAUGCUCGAUCUGGUCAAGGGAAGAAUCGACGACCUUUCCCGGGCUGAGGCGGAGGCCCAGCGCGCCGCACCUGCCGUAGCAUCGCAGCCGCAGCCGCAGCCGCCGCCGCAGUGCAAUAAGCCAUUCCCGGUAUUUGGAAUGGAUGAUUUGGCCUUGAGUGGCUUGCCGUUCAAUCAAAAGCUCCCUCCGGUCUCUCAUACGAAACACCUCCCGGUCAUUGACUUUAACCUGAGACUCCCUCAGAUCUCUAAUACAAAGGUCCUCCCUGUCAUUGACUCUAACUUGAGACUCCCUCCUAUCGCUGCGUGGCUCAACGCACUUCGCGAAGCGGAACCUCACGAGUUGAAUAUCCAUCAGGACGAGGAAUCAGACAGACCCACGGAUUGGGACUCGAGCGACUCGGACCUCUGCUCCAUUAUGGACGAAGACUCUGAUACAUCUACCGUGACACCAAAAGCGUAUAUCGAUGAAUCAGACAGACCUACAGAUUGGGACUCGAGCGACUCGGACCUAUACUUCAUUAUGGACGAAGCCUCCGAGACAACUACCGUGACACCGGAUACGUAUAUUGAUACGGAUAUCGAGGGACCAGACUCAGACAGACCCACAGAUUGGGAUACAAGCGACUCGGAAAUGUUCGACUUUCUCGAGGACGAUGACUCUGAUAAAUCUACCGUGACACCAGAUACUUAUAUCAAUGAAUCAGACUCAGACGGACCCACAGAAAACGAGUUGGAAAUGUUCGACUCUCUCAAGGACAAAGAUUGUGAUACAACCAGCACGACACCAAAUACAGACAUCGAUGGAUCGGACUCGGACAGACUCACAGACUGGGACUCGAGCGACUCGGAAUUAUACUUUAUUAUGGACAAAGUCUCCGACACGGCCAGCACCAGCACGACCCCAGAUACAGAGGUCGACGGAGCGGACCAAGAGGAGACCGAUUACGCAUCUCUCGCUUUGCCCCCCAGCUUCAUGGACCGUCUCGACUUUCUCCUGCAUGGGGACUUUAGCACGAGCAGCAACCCAUCGUAUCAGGACUGCGAUGGAGAGGGCCUCGAGAGUCCUUAUUACAGAGCUCUCGAUGCUCCGCCCGAAGCCAUGAUCGGCUUCGACUUUCUUCUUCAUGAAGACUUUGAGACCGGCAGCGUGGCCCCCGACGAGGAUAUACAUGGAGACGAGGAUGCGGACUACAGAUCUCUCGACGGUCCUCCCGGACCCAUGCCCCGUGGGUUCUUCGACUGCGCAUGCUAG